UACUGUCAGUGUCAAAUUUAUUUUCAUGUAGUUUUUCCCAUUUUCUUGUUUAUUUCUAUUAAAUUAGAUUUUAUGUUUUCAUAUAUCUAAAUUGUAACAAAUGGAAUUCGUAUUUAUAAUAAUAAAUAUCUAAAGAUAUAAUAAUAAUUUCACUUAUAAAAAUGUUGGGAGGUGUACGGCUUAAAGUAAUUUAUACUCAUGAAAAAUCAUGUUUUGCGUACAUCAGUCCAAAGUACAGCACAAAUAAUGAACAGACACAAAGUGUACAGGUGAUAUCAAAAGACAAACAGUUGUUACUAUGGGUGGUGUUUAACAGUAACAUACCAGAAGGACAUAUAGCCGUCAACCCAGUGUUCAGCAGAUUGGUGGAGCUGGAGGAGGGAUUGGAUGUGUUUGUUUCACCAUAUGGAGGCAUUAAAGUGUUGGAUGAAUUGUACAUAGACACCGAUAGUCCUGAUGACCAAGAAAUUUUGGAACAUAAUGUGGAACUGUUACAACUGAGAAUUUUAGAUCAAUUAAGAGUUGUGGCUGUCAAUCAAAAGGCUGUGGUGUGGAUAUCGGCCUCCCUGCCGAUUGUUUUUACACCAAAGCAAACUGGCUUACUUGUUACUCAUAGUAGAAUUAUAGUUAAAGUAGAUGCCUUCAAUAGCUUCUCAGGUUUAUCUUCAAAUACCUCAAUAGACGUGCCUGAAGAGAAACACAGUGAGUUUAAAAAUAUAGGACUUGUGCAUGAUGGUAUGCUUCGCCCAUAUAUGAAUAUUCCAGAAAGACUGGUACUCCGAGCUGUCCCUAUUGACGGUGAUGGUAAAAAGAACUUGAUGCAUCCGUACACUGUAUUUGUACAUGAAGAUUUGUUACAUGAUAAAUAUAAACGGUCAGCUGUAGUUUUAGCAACCAUAAAGAAUAUACCUUUUCUAGUACAAGAGGAAAAUGAAGAAGAAAGUGAGAAUAAUAAGAAUCAGAUAGACGAUCUCUGUGUUGAAAUAGUUCUAAUAAACAGUAUCGUGUUCAGAAGCCUUUGUAAUGAAGUGUACAAUAAAAAUAUACCAACUGUACUCAUACCAAAAUCGCUUAAUGCAAUUAUAAAUGUUGAAAAUGGUUGCAGGAUUAUAUUUACCAUAAUUGGUGAUAAAGUCGAGCAACCGGAUCAUAUAGAUAUUAUAACGUAUUCGGAUCAAACACAAACUGAAAUUGAUAUUGUAGAAAAGUUUAAGAAUUGUGUCAUCAACAAUACACAUUCUGGUAAAAAGUUAUUAAUUAAUCAUGGAAUGAUUAAACAAAACACCGAGAUCAGUACUGGUUUUCUCCAAUUUAAAUUAAAGCCUGAGAAAUUAAAAUAUACGAUGCUCAAUAGUGAAUCAUUCAGGCAUUGUACAUUAGCUGUGACAUGUUUAAGCGAUUCUGACUUGGUGCUUCCUAAGCUCGCUAGUUCUAAACUCGAAUAUGAUUACAAGAACUAUUGUAGAACGAUGAAAUCUGUCGAGUCUUUGGUAAAGAAAAUUGUAUCGCAUGUUUACUUUGAAAUACAUAGAGAGGCCACUUUUAAGGGUGCUUCAGAAUUGAAGAGUAAUGUUUUGGUAACAGGUGUAAGUGGCUCAGGGAAGUCGAGUCUCUGCCAUAUAGUCCAAAAAGAGCUAAGAGUAUGGUCACACAUUCUCCACUGUAGAUCCUUAAAGGGAAGGAAGGACAUUCCGGAGGUGCUAAGUAAAGCGAUCCUCAUGUGCCAGGAGAGAAGUCCUGCUGUACUCAUAUGUGAUGAUGUGGAUUCACUGGUCCCCCCAAACAUGGAGGGUGCAUCACCUCAAGAUAUUGCUUAUUACCAAAGAUUAGCGGUGGUAAUCAAGCACCUGCUGCAGACGUGUUCAGGCGUGUGCGUGCUCAUGACUGCGCUCAGUAUGAAGGCUCUCCACCCUACGCUGAGCCAGUUUACCGGAAAACCGUUGUUUACAUCGCAUUUCAAUAUACCAGAGCUCGAGCAGGACGAACGAACAGAACUGUUUAAGCAUUUGAUUAAUGAUAAAAUAAAAGAAGAAUUUCUCGUUGAAGACGACGAUUUCAUCAAAUUGUCUAUGGACACCGCUGGCAGCACAGUCAGAGACAUCACAGAUUACCUUAACAAAAGAAUAUUUAAGGCGGUCAAGAAGAAAAAAGCAAACCCAUCAGAUCCGAAGCCUCGUGUAGUCGAAGACAUAAACAAGGACGAGGAGAAGGCUAAGGCAUUCGACAUAUGGGGUCCCGUGGGUGGUUUGGAUGACGUCAAACAACAGUUGACAGAGUGCAUAUUCUGGCCCAUCAUGUACCCGGCGCUGUUCCCGCGCGCGUCGUGCGGCGUGCUGCUGUACGGGCCGCCGGGCUCCGGCAAGUCGCACCUGGGCUCGUGCCUGGCGCGCCUCGCCGGCUUCACCAUGCUCACCGUCAAGGGGCCCGAGCUGCUCUCCAAGUACAUUGGCCAGAGCGAGAAGGCCGUCCGCGACAUAUUCGACAAGGCAGAUAUGAAGAGGCCAUCAAUACUGUUCUUUGAUGAAUUCGACAGUCUCGCGCCCAAACGCGGGCACGACUCGACGGGCGUGACGGACCGCGUGGUGACGCAGCUGCUGGCGCGGCUCGACGGCGCCGAGGGCGGCGCGCGGGGCGCUGUGGUGGCGGCCAGCUCGCGGCCCGACCUGCUCGACCCCGCGCUGCUGCGGCCCGGCCGCCUGCACACGCACCUCUACUGCGCCCUGCCCGACCGGGAUGGCCGCUAUGAGGUGCUCAAAAUCCUGACAAAGAGUGUAACAGUGAACAAGGAAGUGGACCUUCGGGAGUUGGCUGAACUCACUGACGGCUACUCGCCCGCUGAUUUGAAGUCCUUAUUAGUGACUGCACAGUUGACGAGACUAGAAAAGCAAUUGGACAAUACUGAUGAAAAGGAUAUGAAGUCAGUGGUGGUGUUAAAUGAAGACAUAAAGAGUGCCUUACAGGAAACGAAGCCCUCACUUUCCAAAGAGCAGAGACUGUUCUAUGACAUGAUAUACAAAAGAUUCAGAGGCGAGACCCUAUCUCCUGAGCAAAAACUGCUAGAGGCACAGAUGCAAAAACAAAGAGUUACCUUAGCAUAGAAAUAAAAAUUAAGCUUAAAUUAAUGCUGGAGGCUUGAUUUUAGAGAUGUGUGUGCUGGUAGUAAAGUGUGUUGUUAAUUUUUAAUGGUUCUUUAUAUUUAUGUGUAAUAAUUCCACGAAGAUUUUAUACAGAGAUUUGAAUUGUGACGUCAGAUUUAGGUUUCCAAAAUGGCCGCUUUAAUGAUUUGCAACGUGAUAUUAAUAUUUAAUUAUUUAGUUAUUUUACAUUUUAUCGCACCAUUUACAAAAUAGUAAAUACAGUUAACUUUAUUGAGAAGUGAUACAAAAGGCGGCCUUAUCGCUAAGCAAUCUCUUCCAGACAACCUUUGGGUAGAGGACUUUGAAAAACAAUAUAUAUAUAUAUAUAUAUAUAUAUAUAUAUAUAUAUAUAUAUAUAUAUAUAUAUAUAUAUAUAUAUAUAUAUAUAUAUAUAUAUAUAUAUAUAUUAUAUUUUAUAUUAUAUUUGAUGAAUUGAUUCCAUUGUUUUCCAUAUUGCAUUGCAGCUUGUUGGAUGAGUUUGACUCAACCGACAGAAUUCAAACAGAUUUCAAACAGAUUUCAUGUCAUAAUUUAAUUAUCAUGAUUUUUUUUUUAUAUUUGACAAAUAUUAGAUAAAUAAGAUUAGAGAAUCCUUAUUGUUUCUAUCCUAAUGCUUAUUGUUUCUUGUUUAGUAGUUUUAAAUUGUUUGCUUUUUAUUGGCGAAAAUAGUAUAAAUAUUUAGAGAUAGUCUAUGGUCAUGGCCAGAAAUAUGGUACUAAAUAAAUGUCGCAAUUGUUCAAACUUUGCGUGUCCGUUUUGAAGCGAAAUUACGUGCAAUGUAGCUUAAUUUAAUCUAAUUUUCAAUUCUAGGUUCUUGAAAUUAUGUCGAUAAAAAAAAAAUUAAAGAAUUUCCAAAAAUAUUACCUUAUUAUAUUUAGUAUACAAGGUUGAUAGCAAUUAAUAAAUAGUUUAUUAAUAAAUAACUAUAUUUUCGCGGCAUUUAUUUUUAUGUAUGCCUGUGUCUAUGACCGCCAUAAUACUAUUUGAAGUCGCCAUUUUGAAAAACCAUAGUCAAUCGGAUUCGCUAAUACCAUUUUAUAUUAUUGUAAGAAAUGAAGUGCUAGCUGAUAAGUGCAUAAAAAUAUUUGUUUGUAUAUUUUGUUGCUAUUUUUAUAUUUGAAUUUGUUUUUAUUUAUUGUUGAAAUAAAAAAUAAAAAAAUUUGG